CGGGGCCUAGGGUGUCGCCGCGGUGGCUCCCAUUCGAAGGCGACGGCGGUCGUCUAUAUUUCGGUUGCAAUCUCUUGCUGUAAAAAGGUGAAUUAACUCCGGAGAGAGACAGUGAAUCAGACUCACUUUAAAGGUUGAGAUUUUAUCCAAGUUGUUCUCGGCUGAGCAGGGCUCUGGAAUGACGGGGUGUGCCGAGAAUCUGAAUUAGCUCGCUGUUAGUUUGAAGAAAGAGUGAGUCGGGGGAGAGAGAGAGAGAGAGAGGAGCCAUUUUGUCCCGACUGUGUGGGAGAAAAGAAAGAGUGGAAAAGAGGAAUCACACGGGAGGAAGAUCCUAUUUUUGCUUUCUGUUCUCAUGCUGUAAGAGGGGAAGGAGUCCUGCUUUGGGAGUAUAUAACUUCUCGAACACUUCUACUGGGGUGGUAUUCAGCCAACUAGCUUACCAAAGCUAAUCAACAAAUCCCAGUUAACUUAUCAGUCCGGAGAAGAAGCGGGGCAGUCGGUCAGGGUUGGCUCAGGAGCUGGCUCUUUUAGGCUUCACAUAGGCGUGCUAGGUUUUUGUUGUUUUUGUAUCUGUCUUUGGGGGGAUCUCACAAGCUGCUUUUUCAAAUGGCGAAGAAGACGUACGACUUGCUGUUCAAGCUGCUUCUGAUCGGAGACUCGGGCGUGGGGAAGACCUGUGUGCUGUUCCGCUUCUCAGACGACGCCUUCAACACAACCUUCAUCUCCACCAUAGGAAUAGACUUCAAGAUCAAAACUGUUGAAUUACAAGGAAAGAAGAUCAAACUACAGAUAUGGGACACAGCAGGCCAGGAACGGUUCCACACCAUCACCACCUCCUACUACAGAGGAGCCAUGGGCAUCAUGCUGGUCUACGACAUCACCAACGCCAAGAGCUUUGAAAACAUCAGCAAAUGGCUGCGCAACAUUGACGAGCACGCAAACGAGGACGUCGAGAGGAUGCUGCUAGGCAACAAGUGUGACAUGGAGGACAAGAGGGUCGUACCCAAAGCCAAGGGAGAGCAGAUCGCGAGGGAGCACGGCAUUAGGUUUUUUGAGACGAGUGCUAAGGCCAACAUCAACAUCGAGAAGGCUUUCCUGACGUUAGCAGAAGACAUCCUGAAAAAGACGCCUGUAAAAGAGCCCAACAGUGAAAACGUCGACAUCAGCGGAGGCAGCGGAGUCCCAGGCUGGAAGAGCAAGUGCUGCAGUUGAACGACUCUUCUGUUUCACUCACACUAACGCACACCGACACACGCACACAGACACUCACACUCACACUCAGACACAUUCUCUCUCUCUCUCUAACUGCUAACUCUAACUCUCUCGCUCUCUAACCUGUCUCAUGAGUUUUUCUUGCACACUGACACUCUCUGUCCGUCUCUUUAUCAGAAUAAAAACAAUAAACCACUUCACUCGUCUAACCCCCCCUCCCUCCCUCCAUUCCCUCCUCCUUUUUCUCCCCUCACCCCCACCAUAUUCUUCCACUCCUCCCAUCUGAUGAUCAUUUUUAUUUCUGAUAAAAAGAGAAAUCCAGUCACGUUUCUUGUCAUUUGUUUUAAAGGUUGUAAAAAAAAAAAGAAAAACAUGAAAAAAAAAAGAAAAGACAAGCUCAUAUUUUUAAUAUUUCCUUUGCCUGAGCUCACCUGGUUGGACAGCCUCACCAAACCCUUAACCCCCUCCCCCCCCUCCCAUCCCCUCCUCCCACCCCCACCCAGCCACAGCACUCACCUUCAGUCGGAGGAAACAAAAAUUAAAGAAAAUCCAACAAAAAGACGAACGUAGGAUUAACAUUUUGUACACUUUAGUGGGUUUCUGUUGUCUAACUGUAUUUGGUCAUUUACAAUUUGUUACCAAGUGACAGAGGCGUGGCUAGCUCCUUUUGUAUGUGGGGGUUUAUUUUGUCCUGUGCCUUAUAUGGAAGACAGGGGCGGGGCUGUGUGGUGGGCGGAGCCACAUCCACCCAAUGAAAUUACAGUUUAAUAUUCUGUCGGCUCAGACUCCUGACAACGAGGAAGCUGAGCCGAAGCAGAAGCGUUUGAAUUUCUCCUCCAGCCAAGAGAACGGCAUUAUACAGUAUGUCCUGUUUAUUGAUGUUUUAUUUUUAUCUGUAUGAUUUAUUUUACUUUGAUUUUUUUUUUUUUUUUUUUUUAAUUUUGUUUUUUCCCUCUUUGGGUUUUUUUUUUUCCUGCAUGCAUAUUUCUUUGGGUUGGAAGCGUUUCUGUAACGUUGUGUAACGUUUGCCACUGGGUAACUGGGCGGGAGGAACAGAAGUUCUCUUUGGAAAUUCAAACAGUUUUGCAGAUCCAUUAAAAAUAAGCUUGUUUAAGUUAA